ACCAAAAAUGUCCUAAAAAUUGUUGUACUCAAAUAAUAAGCCAAUAUAAUAAUUUGACAAAUCCUGCUCUUUCUCCUUUUAUACCUGCACCCACGUCCCCCAACACUUCCUUACUCUCUCUCUUCCCUCUCUUAUGCAAUCAAUCAAACCACAAAAUCCAGAAAACAAACUUGUACAGAUUUAGAUGAUGUAAGAAAUGAAGUUUUAGCAGAAAAAAAGAGAGAAAAAGAGUUGGGUAUUUGAUGCUUCACAAUGCUUAGCAAGCACCAACUUCUUCUACUGUUCUUUAGCUUCUUCUAUACCUGCUCUACUUCUCUGGGUAAAGGGCCAUAUGCUUUGCGGAUAAGCUGUGGAUCAAGGAAGGACAUACGCUCAGCACCGACCCAUACAUUGUGGUACAAGGAUUUUGCAUAUACAGGAGGAAUACCUGCCAACGCUACACGGCCUAGUUAUAUUACCCCUCCAUUAUCCACCCUUCGCUAUUUCCCUUUAUCAGAGGGUCCAGAAAACUGUUACAACAUUAAUCGCGUGCCUACUGGACAUUAUCUUGUGAGGAUAUUCUAUGGUCUGGUAGAUGAUCCAAACUUUGACAAUGAGCCUGUAUUUGAUGUUUCUGUAGACGGAACUCUUGUGGAUUCUUUGAGCACCGGAUGGACUCAGGAUGACGAGAAAGUGUUUACUGAAACCCUUGUCUUUCUUACUGAUGGUACUGUAUCUCUUUGCUUCCACAGCACAGGUCAUGGUAAUCCAGCAAUUAUUUCUAUCGAAAUUCAACAGGUUGAUGACAAGGCAUACAAUUUUGUCUCACAUUUUGGGAAAGGAUCAAUGCUAAAAACAGCCAAAAGGCUUAGUUGUGGGCAAGGGAGGCCAAAGUUUGGUGAAGACUAUGGGGGUGACCCAUGGGGUGGGGAUAGGUUUUGGAAUUCGCUCCGAACUUUUGGCCAAAGCUCUGAUAAGGCUAUAUCUGUUGAAACUCGUAUCAAGAAAAGUUCAAUUGCUCCAAACUUUUAUCCACAAGGUCUUUACCAGUCAGCUCUAGUGAGUACUGAUACUGAGCCUGAGUUAACUUUUUCAAUGGAUGUGGAACCUAAUAGUAAUUACUCCAUUUGGUUACAUUUUGCUGAGAUUGAUCCUUCCAUAACCAAAGCAGGGGAAAGGUUCUUUGACAUCUUAAUAAACGGUGAUGUUAAAUUUAAAGCUGUAGACAUUGUUAGCAUGAGUGGGGAUGUUAAAACCGCUUUAGUGUUGAAUACAACUGUUGCAAUUGAUGGUCGGACUUUGACAAUAAAUUUGCAUCCCAUUAAUGGAAGUCAUGCUAUAAUCAGUGCCAUUGAAGUCUUCCAUAUUUUUCGAGCUGAGGCCAAAACUUUAGCUAUUGAAGUUAGUGCCUUGCAAUCUCUUAAAAAGGCGCUCCAACUUCCUCAUCGUCUUGGGUGGAAUGGUGAUCCAUGUGUCCCUCAGCAGCAUCCCUGGAGUGGAGCAGAUUGCCGCUUUGAUAGUGCUGAAAAGAGAUGGUACAUUGACGGACUUGGUCUUGACAAUCAGGGUUUACAUGGUUUCCUUCCUCGAGAUAUAUCGAAGUUGAGUCAUCUACAGAGCAUAAACCUUAGUGGAAACAGUAUUCAUGGGUCUAUACCUCCAACCCUGGGCACCAUUAAGACCUUGGAAAAAUUGGAUCUUUCUUACAACUUUUUGAACGGCUCAAUUCCAGAGACCAUGGGACAAUUACAUUCACUACGAAUUCUAAAUCUGAAUGGAAAUAAGCUCUCAGGAAGAGUUCCAGCUGCUCUUGGUGCAAGGCUGCUACACAGAGCUAGCUUCAAUUUUACUGAUAAUGCAGGACUUUGCGGUAUGCCAGGCCUGCGUACAUGUGGCCCUCAUCUUUCUGCUGGUGCGAAAAUUGGCAUUGCCUUUGCUGUGUCCUUGACAUUACUGUUAAUUGUUGGUUGCUCAAUCAUUUGGUGGAAAAGGAGGCAAAAUAUUCUCAGGGCUCAGAGACUAGCUGCUAGAGAAGCACCUUAUGCAAAGAAGCGCACCCAAUUUUCGCGUGAUGUACAGAUGACAAUACAUACUCAAGGUGCUAGGACAGCUUCUGAGAACGGACCUAUACUGUUAUCUUGAAUGGCAACGUAGAGCAUGAUUCAUGGAGAUGUAGCUCAACGAUCCAUUAUUUUGCAAAGAGAUUGUGAGUUAGGAAGCAUCGGUCCGCUCUGGUUCAAAGGUGGCAGCUUUGUCAUUCAGAUGAUACUGACAGUCAUAUUUCUUUUGGGAGCAAUUCUCCUGGGAUACUACACACGAGCGUUUACAUUAGGAGGAUUAAGAAAGAUCAAAAUCUGUGAACAUUGUAAAUUUGGAGCAUCUUGUAUAUUUGUUCUUUCUUUCUUCCAAUGGUUUUGGUGCAGCAAGUGUAAAACACAAUAGAAACUGAUAGGUAUAGAAAUCUGUAGUUGAAGUUAGUAGGUGACGAUACAUUCUUCUAGUGUCAAAGCCAAUAAGCUUAAAUUAAUUGUUCUAA